GUCCCUUGCCGUUCUCCUCGCCUCUCUGCAUUGACUGACGAUGGAGGACAGUUCUGUGGCGAUAUCGAUAGACGAGAACCACCGCAUCCGGACGCUCCCUGAUGACCAGUACAGGGAGUCCGAACAGCUCGAGAUGGAAUGCGCCUCAUUCAUACAAAGUAUGACGAGCUGAAAAGGGGGGCGGCACGCACCACAUCGCCCUCCUGAUGCCUGCCUGUCUGUGUGUUGUCUGUUCCAUCAGAGGUUCAGAACUUCAAUGGGACGAUUCAGAGCCUGGUUGAGAUCCUCUCGGCACAGGCAGAUGAAAUCGAAAAGGCCAAACUGCAGGUAAGACUGUGCGUGGGGAAGGCAGACAGCAGCCAGGCCACUGAUGUGUUGUGUGUUGUGUGCAGGCGAUGGGUCAGAAGCUGCGUGUUGAGAUGGAGGCGGAGAACCGCAAGAGGCGCCAGCAGCAGCUCAAGGCACUCAUCGCCGAAAAGACCGCAGAGCUCGAGCGGUACGCAUGUCGAGGAGGAAUGACUUGUAGCUUGUUGUCGUUCGUUCGUGCAAGGUGCUUUCUUUCAUGUGUGUUUGUAUGUGUCAGUUUGAAUGUGUAUUACGCCUCUCUGGAGAAGGUUGAGAAGGAGCAGAGGGCGCUCAUCGACAAGCUGUCCAACAACGAGGCAUAGAGCAGGGCAAGGCAGGACCUGCCGGUGAAGUGACAUGCAUCAUGGCGAUGCUUAGCUCGGGGACUCCACAGGGGUGUUGAUAGGGUGCAUACUUUGCUGUCUGACUCUGCUGUCGGGUGACGCAUUCAUGCACUUAGCUAGUGAGAUUGUUCCCUGCCUGACAACGACACGACUAGUCUACAGCCCUCCACAAAGUCAC